GUUUGCCCGCAUUGUACUUGCUCGAGUGAGGGAACUCCAGCUUUCUCUAUUGAAAGAACUCCAGCUAUCUCUAAGGAUAAUGUAUCUAUCAUACAGGAACUUAAGCAUUUAUCGCUAACUCCAAUGGGCGUCUCGAUUAGGAGAUGCAUCAAAGUGAAGAUGUUGUUGCUUCUGCCGAUGUUCCUGCUUCUGCUUAUGUUGCUGCUUCUGUUGCCAAUGUUGCUGCUCCUACUACCAAUGAAGAACAUAAGAAGAAAGUGGAGGCAAAGAAUGUGUUGGAGAAUUGCACGUACAAUAUGAGGAAUACCAUUAAGGAUGAGAAGAUCGGGUCGAAGUUGUCAGCAUAUGAUAAGAAGAAGGUGGAGGAUGCGGUUGAGGAGGCUAUCCAAUGGUUUGAUGGGAACUAGUUGGCGGAGGCUAAAGAGUCUGAGGACAAGAUGAAGGAGCUUGAAGGGGUUUGUAACCCGAUUAUUGCUAAGAUGUACCAGGGUGGUGCUGAUGGGCCGGGUAUGGGUGGAGGUAUGGAUGAUG